AUGAACACCCACAGCGGGGAGGAGAUGGAGUCCAGCAGCUGUCCAGCUCACUGUCUGAGGGUCAGUGUUUGUGACAGCUCCUUCAUUGUGGAUAAGAUCCUUCUGGCUGAGAAGUGUGAGUAUUUCAGAGCCUUGUUCCAGUCCGGAAUGAGAGAGUGCCAGCAGGAGCACCUCCAGCUGCAGGGGGUGGGCGCUCCAGGCUUCCUGCUCAUGCUGAGGGUCCUUAGGGGGGAGCGCCCCCUGCUGAGCGCCGACCAGAUCGUGGAGGCCAUCGAGUGUACGGCUUUCCUGCAGGUGCCGGUUCUCACCGAGCACUUGAUCAACACGGUGAACUCUGAGAACUGCCUGCUCAUGUUCCACACAGCGGCCACAUUCGGGGUGAGGGAGCUCGCCCACUGCUCCGCCCUGUUCAUCAGAGACAUGUACUCCGAGCUGGAGGAGGACGUGCACACCUUACCCGACUCGCUGGUGGAGUACAUCCAGUCCCUGCUCCCCAGCAGCUACAUGGCAGUGUGCAGCCACUCCCCAUGCACAGAGCAGCUGCAGAACCCCCAGAGGACCGUGAACUUCCUGGACGAGGACAGCAAGGAGUGGAAGGUGCUGACUCAUCUCCCGGUGAGCACCAGCACCACCAUGGCAGGCGUGGCAGUCCUAGACAACAAACUUUACAUCAUCGGGGGGGUGCAUGAUGUGAGCAAAAAGGUGGUGGAGAGUGGUUUCUGUUACAGCCCUGCAGCAAACACUUGGACCACCUUUUGCGGCCCCCAGAAGCUGCGCUACAACCUGACUCUGAUUGGACACCAGGGCUGCCUGUACGCCCUGGGAGGAGAGAACAACAGGAAGGCCCUGUCCUCUGUGGAGAGGUUCAGGGUGGAGACAGGGAACUGGGGGUUUGUCUCCCCCCUCCCUUGCCCGGCAGCCCUGGUGGUGUCUGCUAUAGCUAUGAGCAGGAUCUUCAUCUGUCUGUGGAGAGGGAAGGGUGCCACAGAUAUACACGAGUACGUGCCGGAGCACGAUCAGUGGCUCCUGGUCACCACGCUCACCAGGGAGCACAGUUACGCUCUUUACAUGGUGGCCCACAGGGAUAAUCUGUACGUGGUGCGCAAUGGGCCCUGUGAUGACUUCCUGCUGUGUGUGAUGGACUGCUACAGCCUGAGCUCCGGCCAGUGGACGGCUGUGUGCGGUCACUACGGCAACAGUAAGGGCUCCCUGCUCACCGCUGUGGUGAGAGGAGACUCAGUGUUCACUCUGAGCCGCCACGUCACCACAGAGUACACAGUGGAGGAUCACAGGUGGAGAGUGACGCGGGAGAUGAAAGGGUUCGGUAGGAUUGGAUCCAUAUAUACAUUUCUGAUGAAGCUUCCUAAAGUCACUGUCUCCCCUGUGGGAAACUCUCCAGAUGUGAACCAAACCCUCAGAACCUGUCCCAGAAUCUCCUCACAAUGCUCAGACAAUAACUAA